UCCUGGCCCUUGUGAUACUUCCUUCCUGGAAAUGUGACCAUUUGCUCAGCUGUGACUGUCAAGAGCGAAUGGUCACCCGGCAAAGGCCGUACUGCAAACAAAAACACUGAUCAAAACGCUGUCACGUUACCCCUGUGAGUAGCACGCUGUGCUGUGAUGGUGUGUGGCCUGAGGACGAGGGGAAACAACUGACACAGUCUUUUCCAAUUUUAUGUCCGUAGCAAACCGUGCUUGAACCGAUCACGCCAUAAUCCAUGACAGGGCGAACGUGCCAGCAGUAACACUUCCUGAUCAGAAUAUACUCCAAACUGAAUCAUGUCACAUGUCAGUACUGAAAUUUUGUUGGCCAGCUUCACGAUACAAGGACUAUUGCUGGGAUCGCUGCGGUGACAAGUAGCAAGUUGCUGAGCAUAAUGACAGCCGGCUGCGGGGAGGGUGAACAAGUUUCCCUGGCGGCGGCAUACCAAUUUGCCUGGCCAUGCCCAGUGGCCCAGAUGGCACUGACGCCAUGCACUGCUCCAUCUCUGGCUCUGCAUCCUCGUGAGGAUCAAAAGGCCAAUGUGCGCUUGCCAAUGAUUCACUGUUCUGAAUGUCUACUGGGAGGAAGGUCACGCCAAGCUCACCAUGCUGAGCCAGGGCGGGUUGGGUACACUGGUGCCAUUGCUGGCCAUUGCCGCUCAAGUUGGACUGGCUAGAAGCGGUGUUCUCUAUGACCCAGUACCGGUGGGACUGACAGCAGCAACAGCAACAGCAGCAGCAGUGAUAUCAGCAAGCAUUGGGACGGGAACGGCAGAAGGCGCCUCCGGAGAUUUGGGAGGUGUCGUCGCCCUGUCACAGUCCCAGCUCAUCACGUCGGCUGAAGAUCACAAUGCCGCAGUGCUCCAACUAUCCACCCCGGUGCAGCAGGCAGUGAGUAAAGAUUUAGCGUUGGUGCAUCAGGACACUUCCUUGGCUGACGAGACAUCCCCGCUGUUACAUCCGGACUGGCAGGUUGUACACAGCCAACUCACAUCCAGAAAUGCCCGCCAAGCUAGCGAUGAGAGUGCUUUGCAGCACGUUUCAGAAAGAUCCCCACGAUACCGAAGAAGACGGCGAUCUGCACAUACUCGACGCAGGAGAUCAAGUUAUCAAUCAAGGACGCGUACCCGAGGCAGGCGGUCAAGAUAUCGAGUGAGGACACGUACCCGACGCAGGAGGUUAAGGAGUCGAUCGGGGGUACGUACCCGACGCAGGAAGUCAAGGAGUCGAUUGGGGUUCGUACCAGACGCAGGUGGUCAAGGAGUCGAUCGGGGGUUCGUAUGCGACGCAGGAGGCCAAGAUAUCGAGUGAGGACACGUACCCGACGCAGGAGGUUAAGGAGUCGAUCGGGGGUACGUACCCGACGCAGGAAGUCAAGGAGUCGAUUGGGGGUACGUACCAGACGCAGGUGGUCAAGGAGUCAAUCGGGGGUUCGUACGCGACGCAGGAGGCCAAGAUAUCGAGUGAGGACACGUACCCGACGCAGGAGGUCAAGGAGUAGAUCGGGGGUACGUACCCAACGCAGGAGGUCAACGAGUCGAUCGGGGGUACGUACCCACCGCAGGAGGUCAAGGAGUCGAUCGGAGGUACGUACCCGACGCAGGUCAAGAUAUCCGAGUCGGAGUCAUGGAAAAGGUCGCAACAGACGGUGGCUGAGACGGAGCCGUGGAAAAGGUCGCAGCAGACAGUGGCUGAAACGGAGUCGUGGAAAAAGUCGCAACAGACAGUGGCCGAGACGGAGCAGCGGAAAAAGUCGCAAGAGACAGUGGCCGAGACGGAGCAGUGGAAAAAGUCGUAACUCAUUCAAGCAGUGGCUGAGACGGAGUCGUGGAAAAGGUCGCACCAUGUACAGGCGAUGGCUGAAACGGAUUGGUGGAAAGGGUAAGAACAUGUACAGGCGAUGGCUGAGCUGGAGACGUGGAGGAGAUCGGAACAAAAAGCAGCCAGGAAGGAGUCACCCACGAAAGAAGCCGGAUGGCACGCUGAAACUGGACCGUAAAAAGGAUAGAAAAGAUAGUCGGAAAGUCAGCAACAGAGAGAAGAAUAAGCCUAGUAAAAAAUUGGACGCGAAGGAAAAGCCAAAACGAGGGCAAAAUCAAGAGAAAGGGAGAAAGCCAGAUUAUGGGUCUAAUGUGGACCCUGAUCGUAGACCUACCCCAGGGCCUGAUCCUGGACCUGCCCCAGGGCCUGAUCCUAAACCUUCCCCAGGGCCUGAUUCUGGACCUGCCCCAGGACCUGAUCCUGGACCUGGACCUGCCCCAGGGCCUGAAUCACCUCCGCCACCACCAGGCCCCGAAAUCCAACCGCCACCAUCACCAGGCCCCAAAUUUGAACCACCACCACCAGAACCACAUUUUGACCCAUCACCAUCACAGCCAGAUUUUGACCCACCACCACCAGACCCAGAAUCUGACCCACAACCACCAGACCCAGAAUUUGACCCACCACCAUCACAACCACCACCACCAUCACGACCACCACCAGCAUCACCUGGCCCCGAAUUCCAACCGCCAUCACCAGAACCACCAGGCCCAAAAGCCAGACCUUUGCCACAACCUUGUCCAGGAGUCAUGUCACCAUCACCGGGCCCGGAAAUCAGGUCAACGUCAGUACCUAAUCACCCUGGAUCCUUGCAGCCAUCAGGGCCUCACAUUGGUAACUCUACACAGGAAGCAACAACUAAUACUUCAAAUUCCAGCAGCCUCAGUGGAAACAGCAGCGGCCCUGGGUUGACCGAGGACGUGGCACCAACAGUGGCUCUUCCAGCUCAGCUUUUCAAGCUAAAUGCGACUCCAAGACAAGCCGGAAGAUAUUCCACAAGUCGUAAACGGCGAAUGUCAACAGGCCGGAGGGGAUUGGAUCUGGUGAAGCACUUUGAAGGUCUCCGCCUGAAGGCAUACCUGGACGUAGCUGGUCAUCCCACCAUUGGAUAUGGUCACACAAGAAAUGUCCGAAUGGGGCAGACGAUAACUGAGCAGCAAGCUGACAAGUUUCUGCGAGGUGACCUGAGGGCUGCCGAGAAUGCAGUCAACAGGUAUGUCCGCUAUCGGCUGAACCAGAAUCAGUUUGAUGCUCUGGUGUCAUUCACCUACAACCUGGGUGCAGGUACCCUGCAGCGAAGUGAACUGCUGGACAAGCUAAAUGCUGGUCGAACAUGGCAAGUUCCUGGAGAGAUGAGUGAGUACAACAAGGCAAGAGUGGGUGGAAAGCUCAAGGCGCUGAGGGGAUUGAUCAGACGGCGGGCGGCAGAAUGUGCUCUAUGGAACAGGCCGGUGUGAACUUGGCCUGCAUGCAUCUGAUGCAGUGAUGGCACUGAAUGUUCCAAUUAUACAGUAUGCACAUUUGCUUGUGCUAUCACCUGAUUCUCAGCAGAAAUAUUGGGCAGAAAAUUUUAUUUGUUUUACACAGCAUUUCUUCGUUUUCUAUAAUAUGUAUGGUGCAUAAACAAGAAUUUCAUGCUUUACUUGCUGCGGCAAGCAGCACAGCACUUUCUACCAAAGUUUCCCAACACAGAUCUAAAA